CACCUGCGGGCUGGGGCCCGGAGCGGGGGGCGGGAGAGGGCCUGGCCAGCAGGGCCGGCGCCAUGCUCAAGGCCAAGAUCCUGUUCGUGGGGCCUUGUGAGAGUGGCAAAACUGUCCUAGCAAACUUUUUGACAGAAUCUUCUGACAUCACAGAAUAUAACCCAACCCAAGGCGUGAGGAUCCUGGAAUUUGAGAACCCCCAAGUAACCAGCAACAACAAAGGCACAGGGUGUGAGUUUGAGCUGUGGGAUUGUGGAGGAGAUACAAAGUUUGAAUCAUGCUGGCCUGCCCUCAUGAAGGACUCUCAUGGGGUCGUGAUCAUCUUCAAUGCUGAUAUCCCUAGUCACCUGAAGGAGAUUGAAAUGUGGCAUUCUUGCUUUGUGCAGCAGCAGCUGUUACAAGACAAUCAGUGCCUUUUAAUUGCUCACCACAAGCCGGGCUCUGGAGGGGACAAGGGGAACUUGUCUUUGGGGGCACCUCUGAACAAGCUGAAACUCGUCCACUCCAACCUGGAGGAGGAGCCUGAGGAGAUCCGGACCGAAUUCAUCAAGUACUUGAAAAGUAUAGUCAGCUCCGUGUCCGAGAGCAGAGAUAGGGAGGAGAUGUCCAUCAUCACCUAACCUACCGGCCAUUCACACCAGACACCUUUACAGCUUUCAGGGAUGGCCUUCAUCGUGGACACCUCUGAAAUCUCUGAGGGCCCCGACCAAACGAGAUCUGCCAAGAGCUGGAGCGAUUCUCUGCUACAGACGGAACUUUUUGGUGUAAAGAACCCUGCGGCGAAUCCACCUGCUUCUGAAGUUCUUGGAAAGCGGCAAGAUCAGCCGGAGUUUUAUUUGUUCAGUUUUGGCUCUCCUUUAGUUGAGGAAGCUCUGCAAAUGUUAUUGCUGUUGCCCAGUGAUCAAUAAGUCUGGCCCUCAAGCUGGUUGCUCUUGGUGUGUAAUAACCGAAUGUGUUGUCUUCUCAAGAAUAAGUGUACUAGAAUGUUUAUUUUUCUACAAAGUGCCGUAAAAUUAGGAAAACUAUGCUACGUCAAUCGGGGGCUUACAGGCCAGUUUAUAUAAAUAGACUCAUCAACAUCAGGGCAUUUUCAUCCUUAUCAUUAUCAAACUUGUGUAUUCACAUAAAAGGGAUGCUAUGUUUUCAUAUCACCCAAUUGGUAAAAAAUGCUAAAGAAUUAACAUUUCACAUGGCUUUCAGUUCAUUGAAUAAGCAAGUUUGUUUUCCUACUUUUCGAGAUUUUUUCCCUACUGCCUGUAUGAUUAUCUUAAAUUUUGUCAGAUGUAGCCAAUCAGAAAUAAACUGUCAUUACCUGUAA